UGUCGUAACGAAUUAAAAUCUAAAUUAACAGUUAAUUAAUACUAGUUUAUUAUAUUCCUCUGUUCUUUUCUCCAUCAUAAACGUUUUAAUUUAAAUCCAUGUUGCUUCUGUCCUUUUAAUUUUUCAAUCUUUUAACCUUAACCAAAAAUAAAUAAAAUGUUGGACUCAUGGAAGAAAAACAAGUUUUAUUCAAAAUGCAAGUCUACAAUCAAUCAGACCAAAACUCGAAUCGAAAUGAUCAGGAAGAAGAGAAAUUCAAUGCAGAAACACUUGAGGAAUGAUAUAGCUGACCUUGUUAAAUCUGAAUUGGAUGUCAAUGCCUAUGACAGAACUGAAGGGCUUCUAGUUGAGCUGAAUCUCUUGAGUUGUUAUGAUUUCUUGGAUCAAUAUUGUGAGCAGAUCCUUAGUCACCUUGACACCAUAAGUACACAGAGGGAAUGCCCUGAGGAUUGCAAGGAACCUGUAGGAUCUUUGAUGUUUGCUGCAGCAAGACUAGCAGACCUGCCUGAAUUACGUCAACUUAGGACGAUGCUUAAUGAAAGAUAUGGAAAUUCCCUUGAAUCUUGUGUCAAUAAUCAGUUUGCUGCGAAAUUAAAGCCAGUACCGCAUAAAAUGGACGUGAAACUACAGUUGAUGCAAGAUAUAGCAGCAGAAUAUGGCUUAGAAUGGAAUUCAAAAGCUUUGCAACAGAGGCUUUAUGAACAAGAGCACGCGGAUGUAGCAAGUAACAAUAAAAAAUCUAAAGAUGCUCAUCAUAUCGAAUCAAGAGAUGAUGAUUCAGUUGAAAAUGCUAACUCAGAACAAAAAUCACUUAGGAUGAAACAUCUAGAUCAGUCCGGUCAUAAAGAUUCAGGACAUAAACCAAAUGGUGAAAUCUCUAGUCAUAGAAAUCGAGAAGGUCCACCAGGCAGAACAACAUCUCUUCCAAUUGAAUUGGAACAAAUAACUCCGGAAGAGCUAAUGAAAGGACAUACCCGAGCAAAAUCUUAUACGCCUGAUGUGUUUGGUCAUGUCCAUCCAAGGGUACCAAACUAUGAGGAGGUUGUCGCUCGCCUUACAGAUCUUGGUGGAAAAUCAAAAGAAUGAAUUUCUGUUAAAUUUUAUUUUUCGAUCUUACACACUAUACAUUACUCCUUCAGUAUGAAAUAAUUUGAUUGUAAAUAUGCUCAUAAUAUAAAGUCUCUAUGAGUAUUUGACACAUUCAAUGAGUCACUUGAGUUUCUAGCAGUGACUCUUUGAAUUCAUAGAAUGUCUACCGCUGGAACUUGCAGCCUAUUGAAAAUUUGAAACACAUGCAUGAGGGUUGAUUUCUCA